UCACUUUUUCCUGUUGACUGAUAUCAUGGUUAGUUGUAAAAUUAGGUACCUCGUUGUACUAACACAAAUUGGAUCGUGCCAUUUGCAUCGAUCCUACUCGGAAGCCAUGAAUCAAAAUUUAUUCAAACAAAAUAUAUAUUUAUAUCCGCAUUUCUUAUUUAAAUUCCUUGAUAUUGGCUGGGGUCACGAAUCGCCCAUUUCGUUCGCCCGAAUGACAAACCCGCAACACGGGGGUUCGAUAGCCUCCAAGGGGGCGGUUGCCGUACCCGACACGAUGGGACCAGUCUCUGCCUCCCGGGGGGUCGAAUCUAUGCGAUUUGUAGCGGUAGGCGCCAGUUCGCAAACUGCACCCCGUUCGGCGAUUAUACGCUGGUUAGGUUCCGAUCAAUUCCCCGAAACAAUAGUGGUUUAGUUGGUUGUGUCGUUGCUUCGAGGAUGGGUUCGGAGGACGGUAAGGCGGUUGAAUCCUCGCAGAGGGAGCUGAACAGCAGAGUGACCAGGGAAGGGAUAGAAUUGUGGAGGAAGCAAAAGGAGUUUGAGCAUAGGAAAAAGUUGAAGGAACAACAGGAGAUGCGUGAUAUGUUAGAACGAUAUUGGCCUUGGAGCAAUGGCACGACAAAACCUAGGGGAUACAAAAAUUUACGAUUAGAAGAACUAUUUCCUAACAAAGACUACGAAAAAUCGAAGAGAUUUGUCGGAGUAAUUGACUGGGGUAAACCUGGAGGCGGUGCUCCAAUGAGAAAUGCGAUCAGAACCAGAGAAGAUCCCAUGUUGAGGUUUCAAUACAGCAAAGAUUUAAGGAGAGCUGUAGACAAUAAUUUAAGGUACAAGACCAACAAAAUGGAUCAACAAAUUUAUAAGAAACAGCUGGAUGAGUUAGUUGAGGAAAAGAAACAACGAACUAAAGAUGAGAAACUUGUUUCCGACGAGGCGAUAAGAAAACAGGGAUGGUCCACGCAGCAUACUUUAGCAGCACUUGAGGAAAAAUCAACAAGGUACAAAGACGAAGUACAGAAAAAUUACGAAAAUUUCAAGAAAAUCGAUUUGUUACCGCCUAAUAAAGUCAUAAGGAUGGACAACUGUGUGUCAUUUAAAAAAGAUGUAUAUCCAAUGAGAAGGAACCGUAAACUCUCCCCCUUAUCAGAUAAAAGAGAUAACGGAGUUGAGUUAGUGACUUUAUUAGCUAAAGAAAGGAGGUGCCCACAUAAAAUUCCACUGGCCACGACCGACAUUACUUCCGAGAAAAAACUUGGAAGAGAUACUAUUUGGAACAGGGAAAGAUCAGCGUAUCUUAAACAGCUCACAAAUCAAAUGUUGAUCAAAGAGCAAACAUUAAAGGAAAUUCGAGCCGAAGAAAGAGACAAUGUCCAGAGGCAUUUUUCCACUUGGGACAGUUUUUGGGGACGACCUGGACAUGGCGCACCUCUUCCAGAAAUUAAAAAGCAAUGUCUUGAUCAGUUGCUGUAUCCAAAAUUUUUUCCAGUCAGUGUCCAUUAAAUGAUACUAAAAGAAAAUAAUGAUAACGAGUAAAAGCAUAUAUUUCAUAGAUUUCACUCAUCAUGGUGCAGCUUUAUAUAAAUCACAUAUAUAAGUAUGUUAUUAGGCAAAUGUUAAAUUUUUACUGUAAACUGUUUCUUGAAAGAUUUAAAUAUUUCCAAAUAGAACUAUUGUUUAUUGUUUUCCU